AUGUCACAGCUCGGCAACGCGUGCUCCGAUCAAGNCAACUUGCUGGUAAGUGAGGCUCAAAGACAAGCCUUCGGCGAUCUUAUCGCUCUUCUGGCAAACGGCAAACAGGUACGACCUCAUCAUCGACUUGUUAAGCUAUCACCUUUCCUCGACGAAGACGGCCUCCUGCGUGUAGGUGGCCGGUUAAAGCUAGCAGACUUAGGGUGGGAUAUAAAACACCCUAUCCUGCUGCCCGACGGUCAUCCCGUAAGCACGGCUAUUUUUCAACACUACCAUUCGAAGGCUAAGCAUCAAGGUCGACUGGUGAGUCACGCAACGGUUCGAGAGGGCGGUUAUCAUCUCGAACAUGGUAGAAGAGCCGUCAUGAGACUUGUAAGUAAUUGCGUUACUUGCCGUCGCCUACGCGCCCUCCCUCACAACCCUCGCAUGGCCGAUUUGCCGGCCGAACGCACAUCACCUGCUCCACCAUUCACUGCAAUUGGCAUGGACGUGUUCGGUCAUUGGUGGAUAAGCAACGGGCAAUCGACUCGCAGGACCUGCUCGCGACGGAAGUGCUGGGCGCUUCUCUUCACCUGCCUGGCGUCUCGUGCCGUGCACGUAGAGUGCCUUCCCGCCUUGGACACCGCAACGUUCAUCAACGCCUUCAAGCGCUUCCUAGCCCUCAGAGGCCCGUGCAACUUGGUGCGCUCAGAUCGUGGCUCAAACUUCAUCGGAGCCAGGAAUCAGGCGUCCGAGGUCAACCUGGAGCAAGUGGCUCGCACUCUGACCGACCUGGGC